UCCGGACAAAGACGUGGAAGAUCGGCCAAAAGUCUACAGCGUAUCGUAGCUGGCUUUUGCUUCGUCAGAAGUCUCUGCCCGCUCACGCACCCAAGGGCCAUCUAUCUGGUAGGAGUACAAAAUAAUAGUACUAUCAGUAUCACAUCGAGCCAGCAGAGAGCCACCCAGCCUUGCCUAUAUAAACCGUCACCAGAACUCGUACCUCUAGACACGAUCGAUCACACGCACCAAGAAACGAGACAGAUUAAGAAAACACGCGGAGGCAGAGAGAAUCAAAUGGCGUUCAGCGAGGCGCAGGAGGAGCUGGUCCUGCGCUCAUGGAAAGCCAUGAAGCCGGACUCCGAAUCCAUCGCUCUCAAGUUCUUCCUCAGGAUCUUCGAGAUCGCGCCGGCGGCCAAGCCGAUGUUCCCGUUCCUGCGCGACGCCGGCGAGGACGCGCCGCUCGAGAGCCACCCGAAGCUCAAGGCGCACGCCGUGACCGUCUUCGUCAUGGCCUGCGAGUCGGCCACGCAGCUGCGCAAGACCGGCGACGUCAAGGUGAGGGAGGCCACGCUGAGGCGCCUCGGCGCCACCCACGUCAGGGCCGGCGUCGCCGACGCGCACUUCGAGGUGGUGAAGACGGCGCUGCUGGACACCAUCGAGGGCGCCGUCCCCGAGAUGUGGACGCCGGAGAUGAAGGCCGCCUGGGAGGAGGCCUACGACCAGCUCGCCGCCGCCAUCAAGGAGGAGAUGAAGCUUGCUGCGGCGGCUUGAUGGCACGCAUGGACUCUGCUUUCAUGAGCUCUCUGUUGUGAUAUGUCAUGUGUGUGCUGUACCGUAAGCGCUGCCAUAACGACAAGUGAGGCAGCCAAAAAAAUCACUGUUUUAUAUAAUCCCGAUUAUCAAUAUAUUAAUUCCUUCGGUUUA